AUGCCGCCCAGGCGUACAUCGCGCGCAGUAUCAGGCGCCUCGGCUGCUCCUCCACCAUCAGCUGCAUCUAGUCGGGCCCCUCGACCGAGCCGAGCUCGGAAAGCAUCGAUAGCGCCAACCGUGGAUGACCAGGACGGGGAGGAUAGGUUCCCCGGUGACUCUGACGAUGCGGAGGAGGAAGAGGUCGUCGUCAAGCCAAAGUCGAAGCGGGCCGCUCCGGUAUCGAAGCCCAAGGCGAAGACUGGGCGGGCGGCCAAGCGGAUAGUCUCGGACGAGGAGGACGAAGCGCCAGAACCGCCAGCGGAAGAAGAGGAAGAAGAGGUGGUCAAGCCGGUAUCAAAGCGAGCUGCUCCUACUUCCAAAGGCAAGGCGCCGGCGUCGACAGGCAAAGCACCAGCUGUACCUGCCAAGCGCAAGAGCGCCAGGAUAUCCAUGGCGAGCGCAGCGGAGGAGUCUAGCACUCCCACCGGUCCAUCCGGCGCGGGCGGUCUCGGCGGUCCCAGCAGUCACUCCUUCUCCCGGGGAUAUACCGUCCCUCCCUCCCCUUCCCCGGCUGCCGCACCACCACCCCCACCCGGCCCUAAACCCCGUCUCACCAUCCACAAAAUCGUCCUCAUCAACUUCAAAUCCUAUGCCGGCCGGCAGGAAAUCGGGCCGUUCCAUAAAUCCUUCUCGGCGAUUGUGGGUCCGAAUGGGUCCGGCAAGUCCAACACGAUCGACGCGCUGUUAUUUGUGUUUGGGUAUAGGGCGAGCAAGAUGAGGCAGGGGAAACUGAGCGAGUUGAUACACAACUCGGCGGGCAAGGAGGGGUUGGAGAGCUGUAGUGUGGAAGUGUGGUUCAGGGAGAUUGUCGACCUGCCUGGAGUGGACAACUUCCUGCUCGUCCCGAACUCUCAGCUGGUCGUGAACCGCACGGCGUACCGCAACAACUCUUCGAAGUACACCAUCAAUGAGCGGACCUCUACCUUCACAGAGGUCACCACACUUCUCAAAGCCAAGGGCAUCGAUCUGGACCAUAAUCGAUUCCUCAUUCUCCAGGGCGAAGUCGAGUCUAUCGCACUGAUGAAGCCCAAAGCGGGGAAUGAGCACGAGGACGGGCUGCUGGAAUACCUCGAAGACAUUAUCGGGACCACCAAGUACAAGGUGCCCAUCGAAGAGGCGGAGCAGGAGGUGGAGAAGCUCAACGAGGAUCGGUUGGAGAAGUUCAGUAGGCUGAAGGUUGUUGAGCGGGAGCGGGCUGCUUUGGAGAAGACCGAGGCGGAAGACUACCUCCGAGACUCGAACGAGCUGGUCAGGAAGAAAUCGCUCUUGUGGCAGUAUCACAUGAACACCUUGACCCACAAUGUGGAGAUCACAACCAAGGCUAUCGACUCACUUACCGCCGAACUCACCGACGAGCAAGAUCGGAACGCCCACCACCUUGCCGAAAUCUCUUCGUUGCAGCAAGCGUACGACGACAAGCUCGCGGCAUUUGAAGAGGUCAAGAAGUUUACGGAGAAGCUGGUCAAGGACUCCAAGAAGUUUGAGAAGGAGGAAGUGGGGUUGUUGGAACGGAAGAAACAUCUCGGGACGAGGGUGAAGAAGGUCAAAAAGAGCUUGACUGAUGACGGUCAUGCUCGGAAUGAGGCGCUCGGUACGAUCGAGAAUUGCGCGUCGGAGCUCGAGAAGAACCGCAUCAAAGUAGCCGACCUGGAAGCCAAGCUCGUCACUGAAGAAGCGGAGCUCGAGGAGAUCCGGGAUAGUCUCAAGGGCAAGACCGACCACUUUACAACUCAGAUUGAAGCCAAACAGCGCGAACUCGAACCCUGGACUGCCAAGAUCAGCGAGAAGCAGUCGGCCAUCGACGUAGCGACGUCGGAGCGGGAUCUGCUGGCGCAAAAGGCUGAAGGGGUUGUUAGUGCUUUAGCGGAAGCCAAGGCGAAUUUGGAUUUGGUAAAGAAGGGAGAUGAGGGGAAGAGGGGGGAGUAUGAGGGGUUGAAGGUGGAGAAGGGGAAGGUUGUUGCGGAGCUGAAGGAGAAGGAGAAGAGUUUGGAGGGCAUGGCUGCUAAGGGCGAAGACCUCCGCAACAGAGUGUCAAGCUCUAGAUCCAAGACGGACGACGCGAAGGCAUCGCUUCAGGCGGACAAGUCGGAGAAUGCUGUCUUGAGCAGCUUGAACAAGCUCAAAGCGCAAGGACGGAUCAAGGGGUUCCACGGCCGACUUGGAGACCUCGGUGUCAUUGACGACAAGUACGACGUCGCUGUCACUACUGCCUGUUCCGCUCUCAACAACCUCGUUGUCGAUACGGUCGAGCAGGGCCAGGCCUGCAUCGAGCACCUCCGCAAAGGCAACGUCGGCCGAGCGAGCUUCAUGGUCCUCGAGAAACUUCCCCCUCGCGAUCUGAACGCUAUCGAGACGCCCGAGAACGUUCCUCGUCUCUUCGACCUCAUUCGGCCGAAAGACCCCCGCUUUGCUCCUGCCUUCUACAAAGGCCUCUUCAAUACCCUCGUUGCGGAUGACCUAGCUCAAGCGCAGCGGAUCGGGUACGGCAAGAAACGAUGGCGCGUUGUCACGCUCGCGGGGCAGCUUAUCGACCCGUCGGGGACGAUGAGCGGAGGCGGGACGAGGGUGAGCCGAGGAGGUAUGAGCUCCAAGUUCACGGCGAACAGGGUGGAGCCGGAGGUGGUGGCGCGUCUGGAGCGAGAAUUGGGCGAUGCAGAGAGGGAACUGGCGGCGUUCCAGGCGGAACGAAAGGUGCUUGAGAGCGAGGUGGCCAAGCUGAGAAAGAGGGUGCCGGAGAUUGAGAUGCAGAUGGAGAAGGCCGAGUUGGACGUCAAGACGGGUGAAAAGAGGAUUGCGGAGGCAGAGAAGCGGCUCGCCGAGUUACAGAGCCAGAGCAAGCCUGACGCAGCGGACGAAAAGCGUAUUGCCUCCCUAUCUUCGGAGAUCGCCUCUCUGAUCAAAGAGACCGACAAGCUCCGUGUCCAAUCCUCGUCCAUCUCGUCCGAGAUCAAAUCUCUCCAAGAAAAGAUCCUCGAAGCGGGAGGUGUCAAACUCCGGGCUAUCCAGUCUCGCGUCGCUACUACCAAAGGCCUUCUCGACCUUGCUUCUGAGGCCAUUACCAAAGCGGAAGUGGCCCAGGCCAAGUCGGAGCGGGAUGCGGACAAACUCGGCAAGGCGCUCGAGAGAAACAAAACGGCGCUAGAGGAGGUGGAGGCCGAGUUGCAGGCGCUACAGGGGGAGCUGGAUGCUGUGCAGAGUGAUCUGGGGGUUAUUAGGGGGAAGGUGCAGGAGGCGAGUGAUGCGGUCGUGGAUGUCCAAGAGGGGUUGGGGGAGAGUAAGAAGGAGUUGGAUGAGAAGACGGACGAUAUCAAUGCGUUCAGGAAGUUGGAGAUGGAUAUCAAGCAGAAGAUUGAGGAUAAUCAAAAGAUCCAGAAGGAUAGUCGAGGGAAGCAUGAGCAUUGGCGUAAGCGGCACGAUGAGCUCGAGCUGCAGUAUAUCGACGAGGAUGACGAGGACGACGAGGAAGAGGCGGAGGGCGGAGAGGCUCCCAAACCAGCAGACGAUGCUCCGAUGGACGCCGCGCCAGCACAAGGGGCAGACGGGAAUGCAGACCCAGAAGAAGGCGAGGAGGCUUCAGCUCCGGUCGGAAAGCCAAAACGGAAGCGCCGAAAGGCAGAGACAUUCGAGCUGGUCGAGUACUCGCCGGACGAGCUGGCGACUGUGGACAAGGAGCUGCUCAACGCAGAGAUCACUCAGCUGGAAGAGGAAAUCGGCAAAGCCAGACCCAAUAUGACCGUCCUGGAAGAGUACCGCAAACGAGACGCCGAGUUCCUCAGCCGCGCUCAAGAUCACGACAAUGUCAUUGCAGCGAGGGACGCUGCCAAGGCUCGAUGUGAAGACUUGACCGCACAGCGCAUGACGGAGUUCAUGGCUGGUUUCACUGCGAUCUCGACCAAGCUGAAGGAGAUGUAUCAGAUGAUCACGAUGGGUGGGAAUGCGGAGAUUGAGUGUAUUGACAAUAGCAAUCCGUUUUCUGAAGGUGUGGUAUUAUCAAUCAUGCCUCCCAAGAAGAGCUGGCGGCAGAUUGCCAAUCUCUCCGGUGGAGAAAAGACACUCGCCUCACUCGCCCUGGUGUUUGCGCUGCACGUCUUCAAGCCGACACCGCUAUACUUCAUGGACGAAAUCGAUGCGGCAUUAGACUUCAAGAACGUGUCUAUCGUCGCCAACUACAUUCAGCAGAAGACUCAGGCUGCGCAAUUUAUUGUCAUCUCUCUCCGAAACGACAUGUUUGAGCUCGCACACCGUCUGGUUGGGAUCUACAAGACUAGCAAUUGUACCAAGUCCAUCGCUAUCGACAACAAAGAUCUGCGGACACAGGCGGUUCCUCGUCGACUCGGUCCUGCUGGACGGUCACCUACGAAAGGCGGUUCGCAGAGUCAGCGAAACGGAAGUCCAGAGAGAAGAGGGAGCGUUGUGCCCGGCACGCCUAGACCUGGGAUGGGAAUGACACCUGGGCCGAGUCAAGGGCUGGGUGCAGGCUUGGGACAAGGGCUGAUGGUGCCGAGUACGCCGAGACCGGGGUCGGUCGUGCCCAGUACGCCAGGGACAGUGAGAGGUUAG